CGUCUAGAGAGAGAAGUUAGAGAGAGAGAGAGAGAGAGUGGAGAGCAGUGAAAUCCCCUUGUAUGUCAGAAACCACUGUGCUGUGACCGAUAGAUCAAACUCUACUUUUAGUACAGUGAAGAAGCUUCUUUGCUCGGAAAAUUCUCACAGCUGCAAAUGAAUCCAAGCAAAAUUGAGGACGAUCUGUUCCACCACCUUGGCCCGCCGCCGGACCACCACGAGCAGUUCAUGGACCCUCGCCUAAUUCAGCCGCACACCUCCAUCGACGACGACGAAGACGACGUCGACUUCUCCCUCACCGAAAUCGACAUCUUCCGCGACGACGAGGACGAUGACGUCAGCCACACAUCUUCCGAUGCGGAAAUCCCCCUCCCACCUCCAGACGGCGACGUUUCGUUUCAGAACCCUAAUUCGCAGAAUCGCCAUCCUCCUCCUCCGUCAAUCGAACGCAACAAGAGGCCAAUUCAUCACCCUCCGUUGUGCAUUAGCCCCGAACCCUAUAUUUCGUCCCAAUUCUACACCUUCAACAAGGAUUCGCACGCUCUGAUGACCCGGUGCUUGAUCGAGUGCCGAUUGGCCACGCCGGAGGAGAUCCGGGCGGCGACCUCGCCUCCGGUGCUCGCGAGUUGGCGCUCGGUUUGGAAGGAUCGGAACGAAGAUACUGCGUAUUUGACGGCGUGGAAGCGCAUCCAGGAAAAGCUAACCAUCCACUCCUCGGAAUCCGCUGCCAGCACUGCCGGUAAUAACAGCCAUUUCAUUUGUUUCAAGAAUAAUUCUACUCAGUACGUUUCGCAUGUUGAUCAGUGGCAGGACAUAGUGAUGUCACUGCACUGUGAUGGGGAUUUCAAACACUUGGGGUUGAAAGAAACCAUAGAGAGAAUUAAGCAGGUGUGGACUGUGGGAGCAAAAUUUUAUGGCAUACCUGAGAGUUAUAUCAAGACAUGUGUGGCUGCUUGCCCGGUUUGCUCAGACGAGUCUUCCGGUUGUGCUCCGAGAUCUAAGAGACGCAGGUUUGAAUACACGGAGUCUUUUGAUGUGCCCGCCAAGGAAGUACCAGUAAAGUUGCAACAGCUGGCUGCGACCCAUAAGGUCGUGUUGUGUAUACGACAGAAGUAUAUUAGGUACAAACCAUUUAUGGCGGAGGUUAAGGAUUACGCGUGUCACAGGGCAGGUGAGCCAGCUUCCUCGAAAAAAUCAAGAAUUCAGAAGAGGGAGCCGUAUACGUCAAAGCGGUGUGGGUGUGGGUUUCGUAUAAGGGCGAUAGUUCCAAUAUCAAAUUAUAAUGAGAAAGAUAAGACAUUUGUCUACGAGGAAGAGGGGACAGCUGUGUUUAAGCUCUAUGCGGUGCAUUCAGGACAUGAACCAGGGCCGUUGGAUGGGAAUGCAAGGAUUAUGCAUCGAGUGGUUGGACAUAAAGGGGGCUUUCUGAUGGAUCACGAGACUGUUUACGAGAUGGCUGAUGAUGGGGAAAAUGAGGGUUUCGGGUUCUUUGGGAAGGAUCCAGGAGAUCUGAGGAAUUCAAUUUUGCAACAAGUGCAAGAAUUGAAGAAUGAGUUGGGCAUGCUCGAGGGUAGAAUUGGGAAAGUUCCACCCCCGUUCUUGGGUUAUGUGUCGCGCGAUCUCUUUGAAAUCGUGAAUAAGCUCAAGAAUGUUGCGGAUGAUGGAUCAAAAUCUGUUGGGCUGUUGUCAGAGAAGCAGCACAUGGAUGAUGUUUUGGUGGUGGAGCACGAUUUGCCGGAUUGGGUUGACGAUAACCACACAAGGAUCUAUGGGGAUGGCAAAGAUAUAGAUGUUAUAGAAGAUGACGAGGACAGUUUUGGGAGAACUCUUGGGGAGGUUGUUUCUUGGGAACAGAUGAGGACCGAGUGCACGAAUGAAAAGGAUCUAAUCGGUGAGACUUGUAAAGAGGAGAAGUGGCUGAAGUGUGGUGAGUUUGAUCAGAAGGUAAUCCUUGGCUGCAGUAACCCUAUGCUGACCAAGCCCUUAGGGCAUGGCGAGGCAAUAGAUUCAGAUGUAGGUCUUUCUGGUUUGCAGGUGGAUGGCUUCUAUCAGGAAAAUCCCAAAUGGUUCGACUCUCCUUGUGCGCUGGAUCCUGGAGCUGAUUGUGGUGAUGGUGGUUUCAGACAUGGGGAGAUCUAGUAGAGACCAGUUAUCUCGACUAGCGGGUUGUGUUAAUCCAAUUUGAGAGCAUGCUUCAUGUUGUGGCUUCAGGUGUCGAGGCAGGUUGCUCGAUGUAAUCUGAGAAUUUGAGAAACUAGCACCUUCUUGAUGAAAUCCAUUUGAAAUGAUGCUGCAAGCUUUGUUUAUGAGCUCCCCCCCGGAAAAUCGAGUUGCCUGUGGAACUUAAGAGAUCACAGCUUUUUGGUCUUUCGUGAUUGCUCAAAUCUUGACGAGUGUGUACAAAUGGAUUGGACCACUGCUUUCCAUGGGUAAACGAACAACACGAAAAUAUUCUUUGAUGAUGAGUGACUUGAUCUGAUUAUGGUGAAGAUAACGUUACUUGAAGGUUUUGGCCGUUGGUUAUGAGGGUUUCGUCUAUCUAUGAAUGUUAGCAGUAAACUUGGAAGUCUAUGCUUCCAUGGAGAAAUCAAAAUCUCAAUGCCAGACAGAGCCCAGUUGAUGUGCCCAAAGUUCUGGAUAUCACUGGAAUGCGCGGAGAAAUUUCAUGUGCGUUUUUGACGUGGAGAAAUUUGAAUCUUUCCCUUGGUGGUUCAUUUAAGAAACAAUUGCAUGGCUAUAUACAUUUAAUACUGCUGAAUAUUUCUGAUUUAGUUUCGUCUAGUGUUCUUAUGAGAGAUCUUUGUGGACGGGGUUUUUGCGUUGCAACGCAUCUAUCUGGCUGUUGAUAAAGCUUAGGGCCCAAUUCGGUAUGAAAGUUCACUCUCUUUUUUUUUCAAAGAUGGGUCUGAAAUCCAAUCAAGUGGAGAGAAUCCACGAAUGUAAUUCUGUUUGGAUGAUCUAGCGGUUGACAAGUGACGAUGUAUGAUCGAACGGUUGGUAAGUGGUGAUCAAAACAGAACAGAAUUGAUAAGAUGAUAUAAUUUUAUUUUUUUUUCUUUCAGAAAUUAACUUUA